UCUGCCGAAAAUUUAUUCAGCCCGAUAACUUCUAUAAAUGCUUUCGAAGAGAGAGAUCCAAGAAAGCCCAACCUCAAACCCAAAACACGCAGAGAGAGAGAGAGCACGUCUCUCUCCUUCGAAUAGAAAGAGAGAGAGAGAGAGAGAUCGGCGAUCAGACAAGAAGAAAACGAAAGGAUUAUCAAAACGAUCCUCGCGUUCGUCAAAAUCCGGCUGCGAUUCUCAUCGAUCACCGGUCUCGCGAAUCGAUUUGGUCCCCGGCGAAUAAGAACUUCGUAGGAGGAAGAAGAAGAAGAAGAAGCGGAGGGAAAUCGGCGGCGGAGAAUGAUGUACGUGAGGGCGGUGCCGCCUACAGAUGUGAAUCGGAAUACGGAGUGGUUCACGUACCCAGGUGUUUGGACCACUUACAUCCUCAUCCUCUUCUUUUCGUGGCUCAUCGUCCUCUCCGUCUUCGGCUGCUCUCCGGGCAUGGCCUGGACCAUCGUUCAUCUCGCUCAUUUCGUCGUGACAUAUCAUUCCUUUCACUGGAGGAAGGGCACACCUUUUGCCGAUGACCAGGGGAUCUACAAUAGGUUAACCUGGUGGGAACAGAUAGACAACGGCAAGCAGCUCACACGCAACAGGAAGUUCCUGACCGUUGUUCCUGUUGUCCUGUACUUGAUAGCCUCGCACACGACGGACUAUCAACAUCCGAUGCUAUUCCUCAACACACUGGCUGUAUUUAUACUGGUGGUUGCGAAAUUCCCGCACAUGCACAAGGUCCGUAUAUUUGGAAUCAACGCCGACCAAUGAGGAAGGCGCAGUGCCUUUGUUUGGUAAAAGUACUGAUUUGGCAGGCUUCUGCCAACUGCUAAGAUUAGGUUUACGUGUGUUACAAGGAAGUUUGAGAGAGAUGACCUAAGCAGAGCAGACAGAGAUGGGUUAGUAGUAGCUGGAGGAACACACGCCUUAAGAACACUUGGGUUUUGGCAAUGUCCGUGAAAAAGUGUAGUCACGCAAUCUAUGUGACUUCGGGGGUUUGGUUAAAAAGCGGAGUCCUGUUUCGUGGAAUGUCGCCUCUUUUCUCUAUAACUGUCUUUUGUUUAUUUCUUCGUUCUCUUUCAUAUGCAUUUACCUGCCAGUUAAAAUCCCUUUGCUUACGUAUAGACGGAUGAACCCCCAGUUAAAAUCA